AUGGAUGUCCAAAAUGUGGAAGACUGGAGCAGAGGUGAGGAGGCGGCGGUCCUCCACUCGCGGAGAUUGAUGGAGAGGGGAGGGGAGCAGCAGCUCGAGGAGUCCCGCUACGAACCUGGACUGACGCUCGUGGACAGCGGCAGUGACCCACGCGUCUGGCUGGCUCCGGCUCAGCCUCCUGGCACCUGCGCGGCACACGCCAGUUCACCCGACUACCUGCGGCACUCGCCCUGCCCGAGCACCGGCUCCUACCACGAGAGUGGUUCCCCGGAGUCCUCGGACCACCCCAGCCCUCCCAGCUACAGAAAAACUACCAAUAGCCCCUCCUCUUCUUCGCUCAAAGCCCGGGACCUGUGCCGUCUCCAAGGCACGGCUACCGGGUCCGACGAGGAGACCUCCACGCGACAGAGAGCCCAGUCCAGCAGGCCAGUGCAACCGGUGCUGAAGCAGAGGCGCGUCGCCGCCAACGCGCGCGAAAGGAGGCGCAUGCACGGGCUCAACUACGCGUUCGACGAGCUGCGCAGCGUCAUCCCGGCGCUGGACAACGACAAGAAGCUCUCCAAGUACGAAACUUUACAGAUGGCGCAGAUUUACAUCAACGCUUUGGCCGAUCUGCUCACCGGGCCGGUGGCCUCCAACAGCAGCAACAACAACAACGACUCGGUCUCCAACAAUAAAAACAACUCGCCAAAGUGUGACACGAUAACGCUUCCGUCCGCCGCUGGGUUCGACGGGGCGAAAGACAGGGCUCCCGCGUCCCCCGCGGCCGCCUGUAGGACAGCGGCGGCCGGGCCCGUCUCGAGCGGUAGCUUACCGGUUCACAUCGGCGGGAUGCACUUCCACCCUUCCUUCGACGACGGUUCGUUUUCCGCCAUGGUUGAAGAAGCGAUGCGUUCGCCCUCUCCUCCGCCCUGCUCGGGCCGGGCAGGCGGCGCGCUGGCCCCGGUGGGAGGCUCGAUGAGGAAGGAGUCUCCCCGGAGCGACGGGGAGUUUUCCCCGCACUCGCACUUCAGCGACUCGGACGAGAUAGCGAUGGAGCUCCACUCGAGUGAAGAGGAGGACUUCUCCGAGCUCAAGCUCCGCAGCCUCCACCGUCACGCGGUGGCUUUCUGA